AUGGAGCAGAAGACGACGACCGAGCUGAGCCCUAACUGGGGCCUGCUGGGCGGCGACAUCGCAGCAGCCUCCAUCUCGACCAUUCUAGUCUCGCCGACGAUAACGAUAAUCGACAGAGCCUUGGUGGAAAAAGCUUCAUACCACAAACCAGUCCUGCAAGGGCUUCGCGCACACACCAAAGCAGCCCUCAAACACCCAGCAAGUUUCCUCUUCUCACGCCCUCACGGCCACGUCUUCGCCCUCUACGCCGCCACAUACACCGUCGCCAACACCACUGAAACAGUCACAAAGCAGACUCACCCCUCCCUCUCCGACGCAAUCACCUUCGCCUGCACAUUCCUCAUCAACGUCCCCCUCGGCGUGUGGAAGGACAUCCGCUUCGCCCACUUCUUCGGCACAAACCCAGACGCCACAAAACCGCAUAUCGACGCAUCAAAGGGCGUAACGAAGCCCUUGCCGAUCCCCAAAAGGACUGGCUCGGCGGCAGCAACAACAACACUGCUCGUCCGCGACGCAAUCACCAUAUACGGCUCCUUUACCCUCGCGCAGCAGUGCGCAAACGUCAUCCCAGACUCACUCGCCUCGCAUCCGUACUCGAAGACCGUAUUUACGCAGUUACUAGUGCCAGUGGUGUCGCAGCUAUUUGCGACGCCGCUGCAUCUGCUCGGGCUGGAUUUGUAUAACAGGCAGUACCAUGUGCCGAUUCGGGACCGGGCUGCGGUGGUGCUGCGGGAUCUGCCUGUUGCGACGAUGAUUCGGGGCGUACGCAUUAUUCCGGCGUUUGGGUUUGGUUGUUUGGCGAAUAUGGGCCUGCGUGAGGCUUUUCAUGGGCUUUCAUUAUGA